AAAGAGAUCCACGUUGAGGUGGAUCAAGCUGGGGAGGACCUCUUUUCUCUGGAAUAAUUUAUACAAGUGUCUGUCAGUGUUGGUAGAGUGGGUUGGUAGGAGUGGCUGAGGCGCUGGCAUUUCUGCUUUGCAUGAAUCGUGGACUCCAAGUUAGUGGCUGCAGCUUAGACAUUUCCUGUCAGCCGCACACAGCCGAGGCGAGGGCGGAGGAGAAGAGGAGAGGGAUGGCAGAGAACAGCUCCGAGACGAGCAGCUCCGUUCACCGGAGAUGUUUGGCCCAUUCUCCGGCGGAGAGAAACACUUCUGCCGGUGUCGGGGCAUCGAAAUGGAUUCGACUGAACGUCGGGGGAACCUAUUUUUUAACAACGAGACAGACGCUGUGUCGAGAUCCAAAAUCAUUUCUGUACAGACUGAGCCAAGCUGACCCCGAGCUCGACUCCGACAAGGAUGAAACUGGUGCCUAUCUCAUAGACAGAGACCCCACAUACUUUGGGCCAGUGCUUAACUACUUGAGGCAUGGCAAACUGGUGCUCAACAGGGACUUGGCAGAGGAAGGCGUGCUAGAAGAAGCAGAAUUCUACAACAUCACAUCAUUAAUAAAGCUCAUCAAGGACAAGAUCAGGGAACGUGACUGUAAAACAUCACAGGUUCCAGUGAAGCAUGUGUACCGGGUGCUGCAGUGCCAGGAGGAGGAGCUGACACAGAUGGUGUCUACCAUGUCUGACGGCUGGAAGUUUGAACAGCUGGUCAGCAUAGGCUCCUCUUACAACUACGGAAACGAAGACCAAGCCGAGUUCCUGUGUGUAGUCUCCAAGGAGCUGCACAAUCAAUCAUACGGGACAAACAGUGAGCCCAGUGAGAAGGCUAAGAUCCUUCAGGAAAGGGGUUCCCGGAUGUGAAGAGGACUCAGUAUUAUGAGCUCCAGGUGUUAUGAUGCUAACAUAUCAUCUUUUGUGGAAGAACGUUUGGCACAAUGGAGAUUUAAAGUGGGGGGGGGGGGGUGCAUUUAUUUUGUGUGUUUUCCCUCCGUUUUCAUUUUUAUUUCUUGAUGUAAAUAAGUCUGUUUACUGACAAAUUGUGCCUGUACGUUUAAACUGGACCUUUUUUUUUUUUUAAUUAGCGGCAAGUUCUUUUCGUAAGUAAGAGUAAGGAAUUGCAAUCUACAAAUGUUUUAUGCUAUAAAAUAUGGCCACCAUCACGUAAGGCCAAUGAUUCACUCAGGGUCAUCUAUUGAGUUAAUUCUUAUAUCCUCCAACUCAAGGUUCUGGUAAGGGAUCAAUCAGUAUGGUCUUUAUAACUACAAAGUAUCAAACUCAAAAUCAUUGUUUAGUGAUGUUAAGAAGGGAAUUGUGCAUUUAUUUAGCACAUUUUAAAGAGUUAGGCUAUUAAAUGUGAAAUUAACCCCCCAAAAAACAAAUUUAUAACCAUUUUUCCAAAGAUUUCAUUCAGUUAUACUGAGAUUUGUGAUCAUGAGGGUCCCAGCUAUACAACAUGCAUUUUCAGAUGCAUUUGAACCAUUUUUACUUUAAAUCAAAAUUCUUUUUCUGUAUCUAUUCACUGUCAGAAAAGAAAUGAUCAUAUUCUUAGGCCAGAAUGAAAGCUAUGUGAACAAAAAUGUCAGUGAUUUGAUGCUGCAGGUAAAGGGGUGAUAGGUGAUGAGGAGCUUUUAUUGGUGAUGAGGAAGUGACCUGAGAUGAAGAGAUAUAUUAAAGCCCAAUUUUCACAUAGACUAUACAAGUUAAGAGAUACAGCAGAAAUAUGUGCCUGAUAUGGCGUUGAUGUGAUCAAAGAUGCUUCUUAAUGUUCUUUAUUGCUGGAGAGGUAAAUGUUUUGCUAGCGUAGCUGCUUGUGGGACCACAUACUCUAUUUUGUAUCCAUAGUCACGCAAUUACCCACAUAUAUGGAUUUCUGCUGCUUUAAAGAAGUAAAGAAGUAAAAUGGCUCUAGUGUUGUAAAGCAACUUUAUAUCAAAUUUAAUCUACCAGACUUUUUGCGUAACUCCUCAUGUUCACAAAUCUAAGGUUAACUGCCAAAUAGUCAAUGGUGUUUUAAAAUGUGAAUUCUGUUUUACAGUGAUAUUAUUGUUUAAAAAUCAGUGUCAAGACAAUGGCGUCUUUUUUAUUUUUUCCCCACUGACUUCUGAGUAGGCUUGAGUGGUAUUUAUUUUUCUUACCUUCCUGAAAUUUCUCCAGAGAACAUGGUCUAUUUUGGUAUUUGUGUGCAGCAUUAACCUAAUGCUCCCGGCGACUUUGCCAUGUUCUGCAAGCUCUCUUAGCUUUUAAUAAUAAAUAAUAAUAAUUAAAUAAUUUAAACUCACUAAACGACAAGAAAGUUAAUAUUUUUACACCUAUUAAUGUUUAUUAAACACAUCUUGUACAUCUCCUGAAUUCAAGUUUCUCUUUCUCUGACCUAAAGUAGCACAACUCAUUUUAACACACACUUUACACACACCAUAAAUUUAUAAUAAUACCUAAAUACCGGAUACCAAGAUGGCGCCUUUUCGUUCCAGUGGAGUUGCACGUCAGGAACAUAUGCCAGAAAAGCUUUUAGCUUCCGGGUUUACCUCCGUGGUAUGCAGCCCACUAAAUUAAUGAUUUUUCAAUAGCUUUUCUUGGCUCCAGGACAGUUUUACAAAUAUAAAAUCCCCAAUAAUCAAACACGUAUGAGAGUCAUACCUGACCUUUUUUGCAGUUCAAGGUGUCCUAUAAUACCACGAGUGGCCACUUAGAAAAAUUGGCUGCAAGGCUGAGCUGCUUUUCUGGGGGCCUGAUACAAACUCAACAGUAAGAAAAUAAAAAUCACCAAAACCGCCUUAAGGUUAUAAGUCUUUAAAUUAGUUCACUGUUCCAACAAUCACCGGCUCUAAUUGUGUUGAAAUUAACCCUUAAUAUACUGAAUUAGAUGUGAAAAUAUACUGAUUCCCCCAGUGGUCUGACAAUGCAGUUGUUACAGUCCUGUAGGGUUAUCCCCACCGCUCACAGUCUGCGUCAACUCAGCUGCCUGUUCCACUAGUAGAGACUGACCUCUGGUGGCUAAAGCUGUGCACUACAUAAAAUUAGUUAAAAAGAAAAAGGAGCGUCUGUAUUUUUAACGGUAUUGAAAAUGAUACUGUCAUGAUUUCUAAAUACCGUGGUAUGCUGUUAUAUCACAAUACCACCCAAGCCUACUUCUGAGUUCUACUUAAGUAGUUUAUGUUUGAGGGAAGAUCUGAUAAAGAGCUUUUUGAGGGGAAGUACUUGUGGUUUGAGAGGUUUUGGAGACUGGAAAAGUUUGAAGGCAGUGGUGAAGGACUUUCUGAUCAUAUCUAGAGGAUUUUGUUUUGAUGUAAAUAAUCCAAAUUCAAUAUUAAUAUUUAACUCUUUAAAAAAAACUGCACGUUUUGUACACUGUAUAGAAAACACAACUUGGAACGGAAGUUGUUUAUACUGGAUCUUUUAAAAUGAGAAAAUCUUGACAAUGUUAACUUCUGUUUUGCAUUGUUUGUACAGAGAUUUCUGAGUUAGGGUUGAAACAGCUGAUGCUGAACAUGGUGUCUUUCACUGAGAACAUGCCUGGAACAUGUUUUGAUAACCAAUAACAAAGCUAUACUUGGCUGGCUAUGAAGUUGACUGUUACAUUUAAAAAAACAAAAACAAAUGUAUUUUUCCUGCAUUGUGAUAGAUUCUUCUAAGCAUUUUGAAUUAUGUGGAUUUCGUACACAGCAUUACAAGCACUACAGUGGAAAACGACACUGUGCACAUUGCUUACAAGCCUGUAAUGUUGAUGUAAAUACUGCAUUUUAGAACACUUUUUUUUUAUAUAUAGAAAGUUGUUUUCAGGUUUGAUGUGUGGUUUUGAUAGGUUAGAUAUUUCAUUCACAAAUAAUCAUUUAGUGUUGCCUUUUUUUUCCCCAAUGACCAAAAUCCAAUGUCUUAUGUGUACUGUACACAUUGAUCUUAGUGUCAGGGAUGAGUAAACUUUUCUUAAUGCUGGCACACUUUGUACAUAUAGACUUGUUAACGACACACAAACCUCCAUUUACUCACAUGUACACACGUAUACACUUGACUAAAAAAAAAUUUUAUAUUGUCGGGGAAACAAGUAUGGAUGCAUGUUUUUGAUAUAGAUAUACACACGUACACACACACAAGGGCUUUUAAAGUGCAAAAUUUGACAAAGAGGUUCAAUAAAAGUAGACUGGAUUUCCUGCCGGAGCUAGGCUAUGUUUACAUUUGCUAUAGUAUUCUUAAGCCUUCCAAUUAUGUACUGUCUUGCACUCCCGCACACACGUUAACAUGAGUAUGACUUGUGUGACUGCACAGAUGGCAACUAGCACUCCCCACUCCACAUGGACUGAUAUUCACACAGAUGUGCUGACUGAUAAGAUACUCCAUCCACUCCUGGCAGCCUGUGCUUGAGCGUUGCAGACAAUCUUGCUUUCCGCCCUCUCUGACGGCAAAAAUACUCUUUUUUUUAAUAGGAUGAAACUCACCUGCGUUGGCUCAGAGCAAAGGUUUAUUUGGGUCUUCUUUUGAGACUUUUUUUUCUGCAAUGAGAUUUAAAGUGUUUUGUGUUUGGUUUGCUUGUAACUUCACUCUGAUAUACUCUGGUCUGAGGUGUUUAACCCUUCUACUUUUAGCAGCUACAUUACCUUUUAAUGCCCUUAACAAACAGGUCAUCUGGUCGAGCAUUUGGCAUUUAUAAUCAUUUCAUGUGAUGGACAAACUUAUCAAAUCUGUAGCCUAAUACAUAUAAGUGCCCAGUUUGUUUUGUAUUCAAGCCACAGACCACUGUAAUGCAUGAUUGAAGAUGAUCACACUUGUAAUCAGAGGGAAUGAAUGUGUCAUUUUUCCUCAAUCUAACAGUUACAUCAAUGAAUAAGGUUCUCAUAUCACUACAUAGAUCACUAUUCUAUACAAUCUUAUGCAAUGUUAAAAAUGUACAAACUAAGUAUGAGGUUAAGGGGAUAGAUCUAUAUGGUCUUGCAUAAGGUAAACCCAAUAAAAAUGUUGUCAUUCA